GUUGCACUUCCGGACGGGUUAUUUUUUUUAUUUUAUUUUCCUCUUUCUCUCCUCUCCUCUUCUCUCUCGGCUCAUUUCUCUCUUUUGCUUUGCUUUUUUCUUUUUGUUUUCCUUUUUUUUAUCACUGGCACCAUGUCGAUGCUAGCCGAUGCCUACGAUUUUUUACUAAAGCUGCUGCUCGUCGGCGAUUCCGGUACAGGAAAGUCCUGUCUUUUACAUCACUUUCUAGAGAAUCAAUUUAAGAAAGAUUCAGUGAAUACGAUCGGCAUGGAAUUUGGCACGCGUAUUAUUCACAUUGUCGAAAAAUCCAUCAAACUCCAAAUCUGGGAUACUGCAGGACAGGAACGGUUUCGCGCAUUAACAAAGAGUUACUUCCGUGGGGCAGCAGGCGCUUUAGUAGUCUACGACAUCUGCAAUAGAGAUACCUUUUUGGGCGUACGAUCGUGGCUCAAAGAUGUACGAUCACUGGCCAACCCGGAACUAGUCAUUAUACUCGUCGGUAACAAGACCGAUCGUGCCGAUGAACGUGAAGUUUCUUAUAUUGAAGCGAGUCGAUUCGCCCAGGAACAUGAACUGAUGUUUUUAGAGGCCAGUGCACUAACCGGUGAUGGUGUUGAGGAAAUGUUUUUCAAAUGUGCAAGAUCUAUUUUGAGCAAGAUCGAAACAGGGCAAAUUGACCCGGAACGUAGUGGUAGUGGUGUGCAAUUUGGCGAUUCAAGUUUAAGGCGAAUGACCCAGCGUACGCGAACACGGAGAAAGGAACGAUCAUGCUGUUUCUAGAUUGGCUUUUCUUUUCUAUUUAAUUUAUCCUCGACGAUUUCCAGCCAUAACCGGCACCCUUGAUGACCCAUCUUUUAGCCGCCUGUCAGACGGCUUUUUUUUUUACCUACGCUUAACGAUAAUAAGAUAUACUUGAUUAAAACAUUUUGUCC